AUGCUGUUUAUAAUAUUUAUUUUUAAAGCUGAUAAGAAAGAAUUCUACAAAUUAAAAAGAAAUUUAGAAUUUGCUAUUUCGCUACCUGGUACAUCUAUAUUUUCAUCCUUUAUUGAUUCAUUACAAAUUGCUUGCAGUUAUAAAGAAUUAAUCAACUAUGUAGAUGCAAUUACUAAAAAGUACGGAAAGAUUACACGUCUUAUCAUAGGUACAAAUGUAUUUGUUGUACUUACGAAACCUGAAGAUUAUAAGCUUGUACUUACGAACGUAAAUGGCAACUACAAAUAUUCAGUGACCCAGACAUGGGAGGCAUUACUUGGUGACGGAAUUAUCAGAACUUCAGGUGCAUCUCACAAGCUUCGACGAAAAAUAAUACAUCCUCUUUUGAAUCUUAAGUAUUUAUCCAAAUAUAUAACAUUUUUUGACAACUAUAGCAAUCUUUGUACAGACAUUCUAGAAAAGAAUGUCGAUGGUCCAAUGUUUGAUCUUAAGCCGUAUAUAGCACAAUAUACGUUUAAUAUAUUCUUAGCGACAACUGUGGGUAUUCAAGAAAUAGCAUAUAAAGAUGGACUCGACGUAAUACAUAAACAGAAAAAAUUAUUCGAAGACGCUUAUAUCAAACUCAUAAAACCAUGGUUACACUUAAAUUGGAUUUUUUCUCUGACUGAAUAUACAAAACAAAUGUGUAUUGCUCAAAAGACUGUAUCAGAUUUUAUUUACAAUAUAUCACCAGGAAAGCCAGGAAAUUAUACUGCUUUACAAUAUAACAAUAAUUACAAUAUGACAAUUUUCCAAGAAUCAAAACCUAUUUUUUACAAUUAUUGGGAUCGUGUGGUACACAUACGAUCUAAUGUUUCGAACAAAUCCUGCGAUGUCAGCGAUGAAAAUUUCUUAGAUGACAUUAGAAAUUUUUUUGCUGCUGUUCAAAAUACUAUUACAGAAGUGACAUCCUUUACUAUGCUUAUAUUGGCAAUACAUACAGAUGUACAAGAAAAACUGCGACAAGAGAUACUAGACACAUUCAGUAAUGAUAAAGUUGAUGCUCAACGACUUCUUAAUAUGCGAUAUUUUCAUACAGUAUUUCAAGAAACUUUAAGAUUAUUUCCUGUUACACCUCUCAUUUCACGCCAACUUACAGGAGAUAUAAAACUUGAAUCGUGUAUUUUGCCGGAGGGAUGUUACGUUAUGAUUCCAAUAUUUACUAUUCAUCGUAACCCUGCGUAUUGGUAUAAGCCGUUGGAAUUUAUCCCCGAACGAUUUUCAUCAACCCGUCAUCGUUAUACGUACAUUCCGUUUGGUACGGGCCUUAGGGAUUGCUUAGGUCAAAGAUAUGCAUUUUUUUCCGUGGCGACAAUAAUCGUAAAUCUGUUGCGACGAUUUCGAUUUGAAACAGUUGGCAGCCUAAGUGACAUUAAAAUAACAACCGACAUUGUAUUACGACCUCGAGAAGUUAAAAUAUCUAUGUCUCGCAUAUGAACUAUUAAUAACAGCGAUUUUUACGGGGG